AUGCUAUGGAGCAUCAGAGUCAGAGGUUUGGCCCUAGAUUGCGGUCUCCAAAUCCCAGUCUCCGACUCCUUCAAUAAGCUAGCUUGUGGUUUCAGUAAGGGCUGGAACCCAGCUGAAAUAUCCCAAAAAGUUUGCCACUCAGUAAACUAUGAGUUCAGUAUAGACAACCUGAGCCCUAAACCCUACACCUUGGAAACCCUAAACUUUCUUCAGGUACUUCCCGCCGAUGCGGUGGUAGUGGGUGCCGGUGUGUUGCCGAACACCCGCUUCGUCGAGGGCUUGUCGCUGGACAAAAACGGAGCCAUCGUCGUGAACCCGCUGUUGCAGGCAGAAGCUUGCGACAACCUCUUUGCAGCUGGUGACGUUUGUGCAUAUCCUGCCCUUCGCACUGGGCAGCGCGUGCGCAUUGAGCACUGGGACGUCGCGAUGCAGCAGGGCCGCGUGGCCGCGCAGAACAUGCUCGGGAAGUUCCAGCCCUUCACGACAACGCCCUUCUUUUGGUCAGGGCUCUUCGGCAACCUGAACCUGCGCUUCGUCGGACAUGCGCCCGAAGCCCUGGAUCGCGUCAUCAUCGAAGGUGAUGUAAGCAACAUGGAGUUCAUCUCAUACUACACGGAGGACGACGAGAUCCGAGCGGUGGCUACGGUCAACAAG